AUGGAGAAGGAGGGGGGCUUGACUUAUGAUAAGGUUGUGCUAAGAAGUUGUGACUUGGAUCUGCUUAGAGGCCCACAUUUCUUAAAUGACAGCCUCAUUGAAUUCUACUUCAGCUAUCUUUUUAAUUCCCAAUUACCAGAUGUGCAUGAUGAUGAUGAUGUUGAUACCCAAAUCCACUCGAAAUCCAAAGAUGACAUCCUUCUGGUUCCACCUACACUCUCAUAUUGGCUAGCAAAUUCCCUCGAUUCUCAGAGUUUGAAAGGGUUUGAGGAGUCUCAUAAGGGGUUUGGUGAUCAUGAUCGCGAUGAUGAUGAUGAUGUUGAUGAUGAUGAUGAAAGGAAAGCAGCAGCCCCUUGGGUGCCUCAAUAUCAUCAUGGUUACUUGAAUACUCCACGUACUAGUACUAGUACUAGUAGUUACUAUGUUGAUGAUAACAAUGAGCCUUGUUUUAGAGAAUUACCGACACCGCGGCAGACAAAUCUUUAUGAUUGUGGUUUAUAUGUGAUGGCCAUUGCUAGAGUCAUAUGUCAAUGGUACUGCGUGGCGGCCUCUAGUGCUACUACUACCCAGGUGGAUGACGAAGACGAAGGCCAUGAUGCUCGGUUUCCGAACAUCAUGAAGCAUGUUGAUAAUUAUUUGGAAUCGACAAUGCGUUCUGAGUUGUUGGUCCUCGUUGAACAACUCAAAUCUCAUUCUACUGGCCUUGAUGAUCAGCCGCAGCCCCAGCCCCAGCCCCAACAAACUAGUAUUCUAUUAUGUGAUGAUGCACAAGCACUUUAUGAUGAGAAACUAAUAUGA